CGGCCGCGGCGACUGGCGGAAAGAGGAGACGGAAAGGAACAGAGGAAGUAGCGAGGGAAGAAGAAAAAUGAAGCCAACGCUGGGGCAGCCCGCGAGAGGGUGGCUGACGGUGGAGCAAGGAGGAUUCGGCAUCUUUUCUGCACCCCGGGUGUGAACCCCUUCUCCUGCGCGACCCCAAGGAAAUAAGUGGGUUUCGCCUGGGCGGAAAAGGAAGCGAGAAUAAUCAAGCGCGCGCGCUGCCUCCUCGGUCACCGUAGGAGCUCCGGCUGCUUCUCAGCCCAGCCUCCCCGCGGGGCGGGACGCAGUGCCCGAGCCGCCCUGCAGAUGGGGCGGGCAGGGCACAGGCGCCCCAGCCGCAGGUGACAGGCGCCGGCCCGCCCGCCUGCCUGGCUCCGCGCAGGGACCGGGGGCGGGCAGAGGAUGCGAGGCGGAGGGCCUGGGAGCGGGCUCUGAGACUGCCGAGGGCGCGCUAGGCUCCAACUUGGAUGGCCCGGGGACCGCUCCAGCUGCUGGGACCGCUUCACCGCGUCGAGCGAGCGGCGCGCGGGACCUAGGGGCGGAGACCUUAGGCGGCGGCUGCAGGGGGCCGAGCCGGGCGCAGGAGGGGGCGCGCUUUCUCCCUGCGGGUCUCAGUAAUGAGGAGACUGAGUUUGUGGUGGCUGCUGAGCAGGGUCUGUCUGCUGCUGCCGCCGCCCUGCGCACUGGUGCUGGCCGGGGUGCCCGGCUCCUCCUCGCACCCGCAGCCCUGCCAGAUCCUCAAGCGCAUCGGGCACGCGGUGAGGGUGGGCGCGGUGCACCUGCAGCCCUGGACCACGGGCCCCCGCGCGGCCAGCCGCGCUCGGGACGGCAGCCGGAGAGGCGCCCAGCGGGAUGAGCCCGAGCCAGGGACUUGGCGGCCCCCGGCGCCCUCGCCAGGCGCACGCUGGUUGGGGAGCGCCCUGCAUGGCCGAGGGCUGCCGGGCGCCCGGAAGCCCGGGGUGGGCGCCGGGGCCGAGACCCUGUGGCCUCGGGACGCCCUGCUCUUUGCCGUGGACAACCUGAACCGCGUGGAAGGGCUGCUGCCCUACAAUCUGUCUUUGGAAGUAGUCAUGGCCAUAGAGGCAGGCCUGGGCGAUCUGCCGCUCUUGCCCUUCUCCUCCCCUAGCUCGCCGUGGAGCAGUGACCCUUUCUCCUUUCUGCAGAGCGUGUGCCACACCGUGGUGGUGCAAGGGGUAUCGGCGCUGCUCGCCUUCCCCCAGAGCCAGGGCGAGAUGAUGGAGCUCGACUUGGUCAGCUCCGUCCUGCACAUUCCAGUGAUCAGCAUCGUGCGCCACGAGUUUCCGCGGGAGAGUCAGAAUCCCCUUCACCUACAACUGAGUUUAGAAAAUUCAUUAAGUUCUGAUGCUGAUGUCACUGUCUCAGUCCUGAGCAUGAACAACUGGUACAAUUUUAGCUUGUUGCUGUGCCAGGAAGACUGGAACAUCACCGACUUUCUCCUCCUCACUCAGAAUAAUUCCAAGUUCCACCUCGGGUCUAUCAUCAACAUCACCGCCAACCUCUCCUCCACCGAGGACCUCUUGAGCUUCCUACAGGUCCAGCUGGAGAGCAUUAAGAACAGUACGCCCACAAUUGUGAUGUUUGGCUGCGACAUGGGAAGUAUCCGGCGGAUUUUCGAAAUUACCACCCAGUUUGGGUUAACGCCCCCUGAGCUUCGUUGGGUGCUGGGGGACUCCCAGAAUGUUGAGGGACUGAGGACAGAAGGUCUGCCCUUAGGGCUUAUUGCUCAUGGAAAAACAACACAGUCUGUCUUUGAGUACUAUGUGCAAGACGCCAUGGAACUGGUCGCAAGAGCUGUAGCCACAGCCACCAUGAUCCAGCCAGAACUUGCUCUCAUUCCCAGCACGAUGAACUGCAUGGACGUGGAACCUGCAAAUCUCACCUCAGGACAAUAUUUAUCAAGGUUUCUCGCCAACACUACCUUCAGAGGCCUCAGUGGUUCCAUCAAAGUAAAAGGUUCCUCUAUCAUCAGCUCAGAAAACAACUUUUUCAUCUGGAAUCUGCAACACGACCCCAUGGGAAAGCCAAUGUGGACCCGCUUGGGCAGCUGGCAGCGGGGAAAGGUUGUCAUGGACUAUGAAAUAUGGCCAGAGCAGGCCCAGAGGCACAAAACCCGCUUCCAACAUCCAAGUAAGCUACACUUGAGAGUGGUUACCCUGAUCGAGCAUCCGUUUGUCUUCACACGGAAGGUAGAUGAUGAAGGCUUGUGCCCUGCUGGCCAGCUCUGUCUAGACCCCAUGACUAAUGACUCUUCCAUAUUGGACAGCCUUUUUAGCAGCCUCCAUAGUGGUAAUGAUACAGUGCCCAUCAAAUUCAAGAAGUGCUGCUACGGAUAUUGCAUUGAUCUUCUGGAAAAGCUAGCAGAAGACAUGAACUUUGACUUUGACCUCUAUAUUGUUGGGGAUGGCAAGUAUGGAGCCUGGAAAAAUGGGCACUGGACUGGGCUGGUGGGUGAUCUCCUGAGUGGGUCAGCCCACAUGGCAGUUACUUCCUUCAGCAUCAAUACUGCACGAAGCCAGGUGAUAGAUUUCACCAGUCCUUUCUUCUCCACCAGCUUGGGCAUCUUAGUGAGGACUCGAGACACAGCAGCUCCCAUCGGAGCCUUCAUGUGGCCCCUCCACUGGACCAUGUGGCUGGGGAUUUUUGUGGCUCUGCACAUCACUGCCAUCUUCCUCACUUUAUAUGAAUGGAAGAGCCCUUUUGGUAUGACUCCCAAGGGGCGGAAUAGAAGUAAAGUCUUCUCCUUCUCUUCAGCCUUGAAUGUCUGUUAUGCCCUCUUAUUUGGUAGAACAGUAGCCAUCAAACCCCCAAAAUGUUGGACUGGAAGGUUUCUAAUGAACAUUUGGGCCAUUUUCUGUAUGUUUUGCCUUUCUACAUACACGGCAAACUUGGCUGCUGUCAUGGUAGGUGAGAAGAUCUAUGAAGAGCUUUCUGGAAUACAUGACCCCAAGCUACAUCAUCCCUCCCAAGGCUUCCGCUUUGGAACUGUCCGGGAAAGCAGUGCUGAAGAUUAUGUGAGGCAAAGCUUUCCAGAGAUGCAUGAGUAUAUGAGAAGAUACAAUGUACCAGCCACCCCCAAUGGAGUGGAAUAUCUAAAGAAUGAUCCAGAGAAACUAGACGCCUUCAUCAUGGACAAAGCCCUUCUGGAUUAUGAAGUGUCAGUAGAUGCUGACUGCAAACUUCUAACUGUGGGGAAGCCAUUUGCCAUAGAAGGAUAUGGCAUUGGUCUCCCACCCAGCUCUCCACUGACCUCCAAUAUAUCCGAGCUAAUCAGUCAGUACAAGUCACAUGGGUUUAUGGAUGUGCUGCAUGACAAGUGGUACAAGAUGGUUCCCUGUGCCAAGAGGAGUUUUGCUGUCACUGAGACUUUGCAAAUGGGCAUCCAACACUUCUCUGGACUCUUCGUGCUGCUGUGCAUUGGGUUUGGUCUGUCCAUCUUGACAACCAUUGGUGAGCACAUCGUGUACAGGCUGCUGCUACCACGGAUCAAGAACAAGUCUAGGCUGCAGUACUGGCUCCACACCAGUCAGAGAUUACAUCGAGCACUAAACACGUCAUUUGUAGAGGAAAGGCAGCAGCGUUUCAAGACUAAACAUGUGGAAAAGAGGUCCACUGUGGGACCCCGUCAGUUCACCGUGUGGAACACUUCCAAUCUGAGCCAUGACGACCGACGAAAGUACAUCCUGAGUGAUGAGGGAGGACAAAACCAGCUGGGCCUCCGGACGCACCAGGACAUCCCUCUGCCCGCAAGGAGAAGAGAGCUCCUGGCCUCGCUGACCACCAACGGGAGAACGGACCCCCUGGACGGAGCCCGGAACUCAGUGAUGCAGGAGCUCUCGGAGCUCGAGAAGCAGAUCCAGGUGAUCCGCCAGGAGCUGCAGCUGGCGGUGAGCAGGAAAACGGAGCUGGAAGAGUACCACAGGACACACCGGACUCGUGAGUCCUAGGCGACCGCGCUGCUCCCCGCUCUCGGUUCCUGGCACCCCUCUGAGCCGCUGAGACACUAUGUAAUGCUCUUUUGUAACUGCUGACCGAGGCGUGGGGAAGCUGAGGUCUGGGUCUGCUUAGAGAUCGAGGCUGCUCUCCCCAGCCGAAAAAGCAGCAGCACCUCCUCCAAGCUCACUCCCUAGGUCUCCAGGGUAGGCGCCUUCUUCAGAGCAGGAAUCCCAAAUUAGUCAGGAGUAAACUCUGUGUAAGGAAGGGAUUUGUGAACAACCAGACAACCCCAGCCCCUGUUCACCUUUUCACCAGGGGCCACAGUAAUAUUUCUGGGUUUUAGCCCUUUCUCUGCACCAUUGACAACAAGAGGCAAAAUCGUUACCCAUACCUGUGUCUUACUACGUGGUUGGUUUAAUCUUAGUAUAGAGCAGGGUUAUCCAGGAUGUGGCUUUUGAUCAACUCCCCAGUCUAGGUUUGUUCCUACAUUCAUAUUGGGGAGCCAGGGAAGAGGAGAGAAACUUAGGAAGCUGGGUACUUAAAACAUUAACUCAACUCCUUAGCAUCACAGCAGGCCAAGGAUUGACUGGGUCAGGCAAGAGCCAUGUUUUGGGGAGGUCCUGGGUCUCCGACGCCAUCCUGACUCACAUUUAGUAGGAACAUGUCAAUCUGCCAUGAGGAAAGGGGACAGGGAUAUGUGAGCGGGAACAGAGAACAGGCAGAAGAGGCAUUAAAAAUGUACACCAUGCUAUUAGAACAAAAGCUCUGGGCCAGAAAAGCAGUUUGGCUAAGGAAUGCAUAGGACUAAGCAUCUCCACUGUAGGGAUUCCUUUAAUAAAGGAAGAACGAGAAAGAAAAACAAAGCAAGGAUGUGGCCUUGGGGGGAGCUGGACUGUCCCUACUCAUUGCCUAUCCAGGGUGUGUGAGCUGGCGCUGUGGCUUAAAUGAAAACGUUCUGCAGGCCACAUACAAGGCAAUUUUCAGAUCAGUAGUCACCAGUCUCUUAACUGUAGGAAUCCCAAAAGUGAACCUGUGACCAUCGCAAGCAUUGACCUUCAGGAAUGAGUCCUGUGCUCUCCAUAUUUGUAUUGAUAACGACCAAGUCAGCCUCUCCACCUCACACCCACUCAUCUCUGAGGAGCCAUGAACAGGUUUUGGUCCCUCCGAUUCUCCCCCAGGCCCAUCUAAUGCCCCCAAGGAUUGAGGUAAGUAACCUGUUUCCCCUCCGCCUAGGCAUCCCUUUCGCGGUGUGCAGUGGCGUGGACAUGCAGAAAGGGAAGGGAAUAUGGGACUAUAGAACUUCAGUUCCCAAUGUUAGUGUAGCUAGGAAUCAUCAAGGAACUCAUUAGGAUGCUGAUUGCCAGGACUCUUCCCCAGAGGAUGGCGCGGAGAGGGGGGAUCUGGGUGUGGGCUCAGAAACCUCCUGUUAACCAGCAUCCCCAGAUGACUGACACAUGUGGUCAUUGCUCUUCGAGAAACACUGUUCUAGAAGUUUGGCUGCCCCAGGGAUGGGGAGAAGUGAGAAGAAGCUUUUUGAGAGUUUUUUAUACCUCAGCACACACUUGCUGAUUCGCCUUUUAUACAGCCACUGCCACCCCAGGGCACUAUUUAGGACUAGGCUCCCUUGUUUAUCGAUUACCUGCUCUAUCUUCUCAGUACUCUUUGCUCCACUCCAGUCAAUUUGAAGACCUACAGUGAGCUCACAGCACUGUGCCAAGCACUGUGCUCCAUAACAGCUGCAGAUCAUUGGAAAGGCUCCUCAACUCCAAAAUGUCUGCCCCUACUUUUGGAUGCAAUCCCUGCAUUUCCACCUAGAGCUACCCAGUCCCCCAGGGAAAGAUAACACCACAAGCUGUAAUUAGAUAACACUUUAGCAAUUAGUUAAUUGUCUGAGAAAACCCUGAGGUGGAUGUAGGUGCCCAGAUACUGAUGAGGGAGGUGGGAGUGUUCUAAAGUUAGACUUCAUCAACCUCGCAGCGAGGGAACAGGUGAGCCCUGGAAACAGAAAGGACGAUUCUGCUUUGAAACGUUCUCUCAUGUUCUCAGCCCAGGUCCCGAAGUAGGUUUGCAACUGCCUUUGGAAGAUCAUGCCCCUUAGUCAUCCCCACACAUCUGCAACAGCUAAGGAUGCUGUAGAGACUCUGCCAUCACGGUCUGUGCCCCCCGAACCUCUGUGCAGCCCCGAAGGCUGAUGUACAGGUGUACCUCAACUCACGUAACAGCCAUGCUCCUAAUGUUGUACAUGGACGUUUUUAUAACUCAACUCAUAUUCCGACUCUACUUGAGAAGCUGGCUAUUUAAAGGAACCCAGAGGUGAAUUCUUUUGUAAAGAAUCCUUUUGUAAUACAAUUAAUUAUCCCUUAAUGUAUCUGUUUUGUAAGUUUGGAUUUUUGUAUAUCGCGUUUACCUUAAGCUUCUCUACUGAGGCAUUCUGAGCAGUGGGCUGCCUGUCCACGGAGUAGGUGACCAGUGUACAGCUCCUCAAGUAUCUUCUGAGGAACUACGUGGCCAAAACUCUGGCCAGGAUGCAGCAAGACGCAGCAGAGGCUGAAAGCAGGCUUCCUGCCGUCAGUAUUGCUUGAUGCCUCCAUGUUCCGGAUGAAGAAAAACAAAGCAUAAUUGCUUAUGGUGAAAUGAAGCAGUCUUCAUGUUAAGUAGCAAUGGUUAUUUUUAUUGGUAGUGAUUGAACCGUGUUUUGCAAUUUGUGAAACAAUGUGUUGUGUUUUGUAAAAAGAUUUCAUGAAAUGGUGGGUCCUUUGACAACCCUCCUUUCUGUUCUGCUUCACUUCUGUUCUCUCAAUUCCCCUCAGGCUCAAAAAACACAAAGAUCAGAAGUCUUCAGGUGGAGGGUGGUAUUUUGGUAAAGAAGAAAGAGAUGAGGGGUGCUGCCUUGCCCCCUCUUGCAGGCUCCUAUUUCAUGAGAUCAGGAAGGCCUCCAUUCUUUUUCAAGCUCUGGCGCUGGGAUCCUGGAAUGUGACCACCCUGAUUGUGUUGCUCACCCCAGCCCCAUUUUCCAAGAGGGAAUUCCUGACACAGGAAGCAUACAAUCAAGUAUGACUGUGCGAGUUGGAACAAAUAGGGCUACGUGGUUCAUGUAAAGAAUAAUAAGGGCCCCAGAGUGUGGACACCUCAAGGUAGCGGGGUGAGGGGAUAGCUCCAACAAUUAAGUUGGAAGAAUGACUGGGACAGACAAGUGAGGCAGCGGCAGGGACCCAAUCAGUUGAGGUCUUUACACGCCUGGAGGUGACUCCAUUAUUCAUGGAUCUUGCUGUUGCACAAACCUUAUGCUGGCGCUGCUUCUUCCGUGCCAACCAGAGAAGCGGUAUGUGGAGCAGCUGCCAAGCAGAAGAGAGCUACGUCAUCUGGGCGAUAGACUUCCUAGUGUUGGUGCUGGGUCAGUAGAACCUUGGAGCCAGUGAGCACUUCCUUGGUGUGGACGAAGCAUGAAGGGGAAAGAAACUACUGUAGAGCCUCUCUUCCCUCUCUUCCUUUCUUUUUUUUUUUUUGUGAGGAAGAUUGGCCCUGAGCUACCAUCUAGUGCCAAUCCUCCUCUUUUUGCUGAGGAAGAUUGGCCCUGAACUAACAUUCAUGCCCAUCUUCCUCUACUUUAUAUGUGGGACGCCACCACAAUAUGGCUUGAUGCGCGGUGCGUAGGUGCACACCCGGGAUCUGAACCCGCAAACCCUGGGCCGCCAAAGCGGAGCGCAUGAACUUAACUGCUACACCACUGGACUGGCCCCCAUCUCAACUCAUAUUUUUGAUGGGCAAACCAGAAAAUCCAACCAGUCUUCAGAAGAAAUUGCUUUCUAGUCAUCAAAACCACUUCACUAUCUGCAAUGUUUAGUUAUUCUUUUCUUCACCCACCCACACCAUCCAUCUA